UUCUUGCUAAGCUGCGUUUGCCCUACAUCAAGGACUUUUCAGUGUUCCAUACUUUGCCAGUGGGAAGGUCCACAAGAAGCUGUGAGGGAGCAUGGCCAGGAUAGCUGACCCCAACUGAUCAAAGGGAUAUUCUAUACCACAGAAAGCCCUGAUUAGUACAUGAACUGGUGGGGAUAGGGGGGUAGCUGGGAGGGACCUCUUGCUGCUUGGGGGUGGAUGGAGGUCAGUGGGUGACGUAAUUCUGAGCUCAAAAGAAGGUUCACAGAGAACUGGACAAGGUGUUUGGAGGAUAUCAAAUUUGAAUGGCACAAAUACUCUCGUUAUAACUUGGCCUGCUGGGAUUUUCCCUGACCUGGAGUAAUUUAGUCCUGAGUGAUUCUUCCCUGAACAUUGCAAGGAAAAGCACCUGUAUGGUUUCCAAGUAUUCAAUGUUGUUGAUAGAUUAAGGAGUAAUCAGCAGUUAGAAGUACAGAUUUUUUGACUCAGAAGCACAAAUAGUCACUUCAUCUAAUUAUUGGUCCAAUGAAGGCAAUAAACUUCAAGACUUUUUGUAAGCAUGAGAGUAUAAUUAUUCGGCUGAUCUCCAUGUUUAAAAGACAAAAGGUAUUGCAUGGGCCUGCAGAGAAGGUUCUCGCUCUUCACUUGGAGGGCAGGAAAGCAGCUCCUCAUGGCUCCCUCUGAUUGCCUGCCACCAGGAAAUGCUAGCAGGCAGUCCUCUCCCUAUGAGCUUUACAAACUGUGAUUAUUUUCCUGGCAAGAAGCUACGCCAGUGGCCUUUGUGGUAGCUCCGCCUCCUUCUCUUCUGGCCGGCUUUUCGGCACACUUGGCUCACUGCAGCUGCAGUGCCGAGUACAGGCGGCACCGGCUUCGCAGCAGGGAUCCAGGCUCAGAGCAGCAGCCUGGGAGGGGAUGAUGGAGGUGGUGGAAGCAUUCUCAGGGCGACCCCAGCUGCUGCCAUGGGGAGCUGGGCUCGUUGCAGUGCUUUUGGCAAUUGUGACCGUGUGGUCCCUGCCCUCCCUGAUGGAAUACUGGAGGCGAUGGCGGAUGCUGACCUCGAUCCCGGGUAUCAGCCCCUGCUAUCCCGUGCUGGGAAAUGCCCUGCUCUUGGAGCGGAAAGGAGAAGAUUUUUUUAAACAGCUACAGCAUUAUGCUGAAGAGUUCAGAAGCUGGCCACUGUUCAAACUUUGGAUAGGACCAGUGCCUGUCAUGGUUUUGUAUCACCCUGACAGUGUGGAGGUUAUCCUGAACAGUUCAAAGCAUAUAGAAAAAUCAUACCUGUACAAAUUCCUGCAUCCCUGGCUGGGCACUGGACUUCUGACAAGCACCGGAGACAAGUGGCGGACACGGAGGAAGAUGAUAACUCCCACAUUCCACUUCGCAAUCUUGAAUGACUUUCUAGAGGUCAUGAAUGAACAGGGAAAUAUUUUGGUGAAUAAACUUGAGGAGCAUGUUGACAAGGAGCCAUUUAAUGUCUUUAUGGAUAUCACUCUGUGUGCCCUUGAUAUCAUUUGUGAAACAGCAAUGGGCAGGAAUGUGGGCGCCCAGAAGAAUAAGGAUUCUGACUAUGUUUCUGCUAUCUACAGGAUGGGUGAUCUAAUCCAACGGCGACAGAUGAGCCCUUGGCUUUGGCCCGAUUUUUUAUAUAUAUUGUACAAAGAAGGAAGAGAGCACAACAGGAACCUCAGCAUCCUUCACAAUUUUACAGAUACAGUCAUUGCAGAAAAAGCUGAAGAACUUAAAAACACCGAGCAAAAGAAACAUGAUAAUGAUGCCAACUCUGAAGAAAAUGGUUCCAAAAAGAGAAAAGCAUUCCUGGACAUGCUGCUGAAUGCAACAGAUGAUGAAGGGAAAAAAUUGAGCUACAGGGACAUUCGUGAGGAAGUGGAUACUUUUAUGUUUGAGGGCCAUGAUACAACAGCAGCUGCUAUGAACUGGGUCUUGUACUUGCUUGGACAUAAUCCAGAAGUUCAGAAGAAGGUUCACAAGGAAUUGGAUGAGGUGUUUGACAAUACUGAACGUUCUGUUACAACGGAUGAUUUGAAGAAUCUUCGGUACCUUGAAUGUGUUGUGAAAGAAGCUCUUCGUCUCUUCCCUUCAGUUCCCAUGUUUGCCCGUACCUUGAGAGAGGAUUGCUGUAUUAAGGGACAUCAGAUACCAAGAGGUGCAAAUGUCCUUGUUUUAACUUAUGCCCUGCAUAGAGACCCUGAGAUCUUUCCUGACCCAGAGGAGUUCAAGCCUGAGCGAUUCCUCCCUGAAAAUAGUAAGGGAAGGCAUCCAUACGCUUAUGUGCCCUUCUCAGCUGGUCCCAGGAACUGCAUUGGUCAGCGCUUUGCACAAAUGGAGGAGAAAACUCUUCUAGCCCUCAUCCUGCGGCGCUUUUGGGUGGAAUCAUGUCAAAAGCCAGAAGAGCUUGGUUUAUGUGGAGAAUUGAUUCUUCGUCCAAAUAAUGGCAUCUGGAUUAAACUGAAGAGGAGGCCAAACACUGGAUCAGAAUGAAAGGAAUUUCAAGAGUUUACUUCCAAAAGUUUUCAAUCUAUUUAGGCUGAGACAUAUUUUGAAAUCAAACAUUUUGAUAUCAGCACAGCAAUUUGUUAAAACUAUUUGUUACUGUUUUAUUAAAAAAGAUGUAGUAAUAGCUCUAGUUGCUCUACUUUUAUAGUGCUUGUGAACUUUAUGGUAAUCUUUGAAAUGCAAGUCUUUAAAACUUAAAUUUUACUGCCUUAUCUGCUCAGAUGAAGCUAUUCAAUUGCCACAGUGCUACAAGAACUUUAGCUUUGGUAAUAACAACAGCAGUGCCUGUGAUAAAGUGAUCAGCUUACAUGCCAUAGCAUUUUCCUAGUAGCUGGAAGUCUCAAGUAUUUUUAAGGUUUUCAGGUUUCUUUGGUUCUGAAAAAUACAAGUGAUAAUCCUUCUUCUUGGCACAACUUUUUUUUUUUUUGGUGAUGAAUGCCUCUGUAAAGAUCAAGAAAAAAAUCUCUGAUAAUUUCACUCCUCCUUGGUAAACAUUUAUAGUAGUUUGUAAGAAGGGAGUGCUCUGAAUUAUUUUUUUGCAAAAGAAUUAAUCUGUAUAACCAUAGCAGGACCGAGAUAGUAUGCAAGUUUAACACAGGAUUUCACAAUGACAGAAACAAUGUAUUAUUUCAAACUUUGACAAUAAACUUUUAUUAUGCCUCAA